CGCGUCUGAGAGCAGGAAGUUGCCUUUGUUUCAGCUGGGAAUCGAUUUUCUGACGGACCCGAACGAGAGUCCUGAGAUGGCGGGUUUGAGUGUGCGAGAUCCAGCGGUAGAUCGGUCCCUGCGGUCUGUGUUCGUUGGAAACAUUCCUUAUGAGGCCACAGAAGAACAGCUGAAGGAUAUCUUCUCUGAGGUGGGACCAGUUGUCAGUUUUAGGUUAGUCUAUGACAGAGAAACCGGGAAACCGAAGGGUUAUGGCUUUUGUGAAUACCAAGAUCAGGAGACUGCCCUCAGUGCCAUGAGAAACCUAAAUGGAAGGGAGUUUAGUGGACGAGCCCUGAGGGUGGAUAAUGCGGCCAGUGAGAAGAAUAAAGAAGAACUAAAAAGUUUGGGAACAGGGGCCCCCAUUAUAGAAUCCCCAUACGGUGAUCCAGUUUCUCCUGAGGAUGCCCCAGAAUCCAUCAGUCGAGCUGUUGCCAGUCUGCCUCCUGAACAAAUGUUUGAAUUAAUGAAGCAGAUGAAGUUAUGUGUGCAGAACAGUCCUCAGGAGGCACGGAAUAUGUUGCUGCAAAAUCCUCAAUUGGCAUAUGCCCUGCUACAAGCACAAGUUGUAAUGAGGAUUGUGGAUCCCGAAAUUGCUUUGAAAAUCCUUCAUCGCCCAGCUGUCAUUCCUCCUAUGAUGCCAAAUAGUCAGCAGCCAGCUCCAGGACCUAACAUGCCCCUUAACCAGCCAAAUGCACCUGUAGGUCAACAACAGUCUAUGGGUGCAAUGCAUGUGAAUGGAGCUCCCCCCAUGCUACAGACACUUCCUAUGCAGGGUGUCGUCCCAGCACCAAUGGGAAAUCCUGCACCGGGGCCUGUUUUACAGGGAGGGCCUUUGCCACCACAGGUUGGAAUUCCACCAGGUGCAGCCAUGCCAAUGGAAAGAGGCCAAGUUCCCAUUACUGAUCCUCGAGCACCUGUACAGCGUGGUCCCCCAGCCGCUAAUGUCCAGCCUCGUGGACUUCUGGGAGAUGGCCCCAAUGACCCACGUGGAGGAACAUUGCUCACAGUUACAAGCGACGAGCAGCCUCCCGGCCGUGGAUACAUGGGUGCACCCAUGCAGGGUGUUCCUCCCAUGCACCAUGAGAGAGGCCCCGCACCUCAUGAUAUUAGAGGGGGGCCAAUGGGUGAUGCAGCCCGAUCAAUGCUGGCAGAUGCAAGGGGUGCAUCUAUAAUGGAUCCGCGGGGUCCCCCUAUGGAUGUACGAGGUGGUAGGGAUCCUAGAGCAUUGGAGCCCAGAGGCCCUGGGCCUGUUCCUGGUCCUGCUCCCAGAGUACCAGUUGCUGGAAUGCAAGGUCCAGGUCCCAUGGGACCCCAGCCUCCCAGACAGGUUCCUGGUAUUCAGGGAGCAUCGGCACAGGGAGGUUUCAGCCCAGGACAAAGCCAAGUAACUCCACAGGAUCAUGAAAAGGCUGCCCUCAUCAUGCAGGUUCUGCAGUUGACACCAGACCAAAUUGCUAUGCUCCCCCCUGAACAAAGACAGAGCAUUCUUAUUCUGAAGGAGCAGAUUCAGAAAUCCACAGGUGCUCCCUGAAAGGCAUUCACACAGCAACCCCAUAGCACCAGAAAUCCUUGGAUACCUAUUUGUUUCCAAAGGGCUAUGUACGAGGAGCUCCUCAUAGAAAAUUGUAUUAUUUGUGUUUUCACUAAAUGUACCGUACUCUAGAAAUAAUAAAAAAAAAAAUUUUCA